CGGGCGUAAGGCAGCGCGGCGUCUGCAGCAUAAUUAAAACAUGGCGGACUCUGAGGAAUUUAGACUCAAACGACUAAAGCAUGAGGAACGCAUGUCCAGAGUUUUCGAUGAAGUGAUGGGCCUCGGAGACUUUGCUGACUCGUCAAGAGGCUCUGCUACGUCCUGCAAGAGUGGCGGUCAAGACGACGCAAAGGGAGCGGACAAAACUUCAGAGGACGGAGAGCAGCAGCUGCCAGAAGAGGAGGACAGUAGUGGCAGUAAGCAGGAAGAAAAGCAAGAUGAGACACCAGAACGGUCAGACUUCCCUCGCAGUGGCUCUCCUUCCUCCUCCUCCAAGCGCUCCUCUUUCAACGUGGCGAGCACGGAGGGAGGAGGGGGAGGAAGCGGGUCGGCAGCUUUCGACGAUGCUCAGGAUGGACUUCCACGAUAUGGGCAGGAAGAAGAAGAGGAAGACUGGCACUUUGCCCUGCCACUGGGCUCCCUGGAAGAUGUUGACGUGAGUAAGGCUGACCGGAAAAAAAAUGCAACUGAACAGCAGACUACUAGCACACAAGACGAAUCCCGUGGUCGUGAGGCAAAGGCGACGGAAGAAGACGACGAGGAGCAAGAGAAGGAAGGGAGCAGUGGCUCAGCCAAUACUUCCCAUUCAUCGCGGGACCAUACACCUGACAACAGCCAAGAUGGAGCUGCCCUGAACCAGACGGAGGAGACUGAAGAUAGCCAACAGCCGGAGACGUCUGAGGCAGCUCCAGUAGAAGACAGCAACCCCCCAGUGUCUCCCACUCCCAACAUUAAAGAGGAACCCAUAGACGAGGGUUACGACGCUGCUUUGUUGCCUCAGAACUCCACCAAACAAAUCAAAGAGGAGCUGGAGCAGGAGGAGGAGCUGAAGAUCAGCUCGGUCUAUUCUGUGGGUGGAGGGAGCAGCUUUGGUCCCCCAACAAUUCCCACACCAGUCGGUCCAACAGCAAUCUUCAUCCCCGGUAGGGGAACCGUCUUACAAGCAAUGGCGCCCCUGGCUGUCCGACCAUCAACUCAACUCACAGCGACACUGCCAACUUUGACACCAGUGCCUCCACGACCAGCGCCUCCCCCCGUUCCCGGCAGUGUUCGCUGCAGUGGCUGCUCCAAGGUUUUACUGAAAGGCCAAACAGCAUUCCAAAGAAAAGGCUCGACGCAGCUCUUCUGCUCCACUGUCUGCCUGACAGGCCAUCUUCCUCCACCCGUCAAGAAUCGCACCUGCAACCAGUGCAACAGGGAGAUCCUUCAGCCCAGGGACAUGGUCACAGUUCCAGGAGAAGACAGCAACCCCAUGUACUUUUGUGGCCAGUUUUGUCUGUCGGUGUUUAGACACAAGAAGAAAGCUGGAGAGAAGCCCCCCGAAAAAAGGCCCGAAAGGAAGCCUGAGAAACCACCUGAGAAGCCAAUAGAGCGGCAGCCUGACAAACCAUUCUGUACUGUCUGUAGAUCCACCAAAAGGAUCGAACACGAGGUCACCCAUCAGGGCCGCCUGCACAGACUCUGCAGCAACGCUUGUUUUGCGACCUGGCGUAUGAUGCGUCAGUUAGCCAUGAACUGCUGCGAAGGCUGCGGACUGUACUGUAACACCAACUCAGGUUCCUGUCAGACGCUCACGAUAGACAAAUCACAGCUUAACUUCUGUGGCCCCACCUGCAUCUCCACCUACAGACUGACCUGCAAAAAGAUGGUCGAGUGUGCCUACUGUCGCAAGUUGGCAGUUGUGUCCGGCACCAUCAUUGAGCGUGACAACAAGGGGAAAAUUCAGCUUUAUUGUUCGUCUGCUUGUGUAGGACAAAGUCGACCGCCCCGACACAUCCUCACUGAUACUCCAUUCCCAUGCUGCCUCUGUAAAGUUUCAGCCGUUCCUCAGUAUCAUCUGGCCAUGGUGGACGGUACCAUACGUAACUUCUGCUCCCUAGCCUGUGUGACUAUAUACAGGAAGUGUGGUAACAAAGCUCAGCCAGACUUGGCCAAUGGCACCUCCUCUCUCAGGGACCCCUCCGCCAGAGAUGCUUCCAAAGCGGGGUCCUCUGCUGGAGCCAGCUCUGUCCCUCCUAUUCCUCAGGACUGCUCAUCUGCAGCCCCGUACCCAGGCCACCACCCCAGUCAUACCUCAGUGCCCCCGCUAGUGCCUCCCUCCGCCUCUGCUCCAGGACAGGCCCAGGGACGGCCAUCCCCCAGCCAGCCUGCAAAACCAGCGACGGACGAGUCGGGCGACACCCCCAAAGUGACCUGCCAUCAGUGCAGCAAACGGUUCAGCACCAAGCCGCAUUUAUUCAGUCACCAAGGACGUAUUUCAGUGUUCUGCAGUAAGCCGUGCUCGGAGCAGUAUAAAACCCAGAAGAAUAUCCUUGCGGUGUGCGAGAGCUGCAAGCAGGAGAAGGUGCACUUUGAGACCAUCAGCUACGACCAAAAGGACAAGGUCUUCUGCAGUGAAAACUGUAAAGCGAUCUUCAAACACGGGCAGGCUUCUAGUAAAAAGGAUCAUCCAUGGCGUCCCUGCAGCCACUGCGGCGGCAUCAGCCAGAAAACGUUGCACAGUCACUAUGGAGGCAAGAUGGAGGAGUUCUGUAGACCUCACUGCAUGUCCCAGUACACUGUUCUUUACUACGGGAUGGGUCGAUGUGACAGCUGCAGGAAACAAGGCCAAUUGAUGGAGAAGCUGCAGUGUUUGGGUUCAGUGCGUAACUUCUGCAACAUGACCUGCCUGCUCAACUACUGUUGCUUUCACUUUGAGACGAGCGCAAACAGCAGCAGUAACGGCACUGGAGCAGCCCCGCAAGCACCACAUGCUCCCACCCAGCCCCACCACUCAAAGAUGAAUCCUGUCAUAGCCGAUGUCGUCUCAUUGGCCAAUGGCUCUGCCACUCAGCCCUGUGUGUCAGCAGACACUGCUCUGACUGGAGCACUUCCAACAUCUGGUGUUGAUGGCAAGAACCUUGAUCAUGCCAGCACUCAGACGGACGCCAUGCGUGUGCCGGUGUCCCGACGGCGUCAGAUGAAGAACAAGUCGGUCCUUUGCAGACCGUUCACCAUGGACCAAGAAAGCAUGUGCCAGCUGCCCACGCCUGCCGCCGAAUCAGGAGAGGAGCAGAAAGUGAAAAUGGUGAUGGUUCCAGUGCCGGUGCCCGUCUACAUUCCAGUGCCUAUGAGCAUGUACUCCCAACACGCUCCCGUUGUGAUGCCGGUGCCCAUGCCUAUUCCAGUUCCCGUUGUAAUGUCACCACAGAAAGAAAUGAAGGAUGCGGCUGUCCAGUCUGAAGCAGUGGAUGUGAUUGGAGACGAGGAGAAAGAUGAGGCUGCUUCACAUCCAGACCGGAGCAGGACUGACGCUUCAGACCUGCAGUCCAGACAUGUCGCUCCUGCAAUCAGUGCAGAUGAGGAAACUCAAAAAGCAGCUCAGGCUGACCUCGCGGUCCCUGGAAGUCCAGAGAAGAGCUCAGAGCCAGCUGAUCCUCAAAGCCACCCAGACACAAACCAAGCAGCGAGCGCCCCCCCUGAACAGCCCCCCUCCUCCCCAAUGAUGGACUUAGAGACAGACUUUCCAACAGAAUCACUUGUUCAGAAGGUCUCUGCUCCAAAGCGAGGAGUGAAGAGACCCAGAGAGGGUUCCUCUGGCAGGAAACGGGGUCGGAGGCGGACUGGCUCUUUGGAGCGAAGCACAGCGGCAGCUCCGCCCAUCUCCAAACUAAACCACAUGUACGGAGUCAGAGCCUGGAAGAGCUGGGCCCAACGGCGCAAUCAGCAGCCACAAGACUCCUGUCCGGGGAAUGUUAGCGAAGAUGUGUUUCAGUGCAGCUCUUCUGAGCUGAGCUUUGCUCUAUCUCGCUUCAUCAGAGAGGUACGGCGGCCUAAUGGAGACGCCUACAGCCCUGACAGCAUCUUCUACCUCUGUCUGGGGAUACAACAGUAUCUUUUCAUAAAGGGCCGCAUAGAGAACAUCUUCACUGACGAGCUGUAUAGCGACUUUGCCUCGGAAAUCACGGUGAUACUCCAAGUCUGGAAACCGAAGCAGCUGCCUGGCGGUUGUGCUGUUUCCUCUCGUAUCGAGGAGUCCUACCUGUGGGAGUGUAAGCAGCUGGGAGCGUACUCUCCAAUAGUUUUACUCAACACUCUGCUCUUCUUCUGCACCAAGAACUUCAAGCUGACCACCGUGGCGGAGCACCAGCGCCUGUCCUUUUCCCACCUGGCUCGCUGUUCUAAACCCUGCAGUCGAGGCGGCAAAAUCCACUACUUCCAGUACCAGAGAAGCAAGGAGGCCCCUCCCAGCUCUGAAGAGACGGAGAAAAAGAGAAAAAAGCCCGGAGAGGACAACGGAGACCUGGAGAUGGUGGAGAACGUCUCCAACCCUCUGCACUGUCCUGUCCGACUUUAUGAGUUCUACCUCUCCAGAUGCCCGGAGUCUGUGAGGAAGAGAAGCGACCUGUUUUACCUCCAGCCCGAGCAGAAUGUCCACACACAAAGCCCCCACUGGUUCACCGAUCAGUCGCUGGACAGCAGCACGCUACAGAGCAUGCUCACACGCAUUCUGGCCGUCAGAGAGGUCCAGCAGGCGCACCAGUCCACAGCCGGCUCCGAGGGCGACGGCUCGCCGUGACGCUGCCCUCCCCGGCCGCAGGACGCUCGCUCUGAAACGCCAAGCAGCUCGCACAGAGGUCGGGCUGGACGCACACAGCCGCCAGGUAGCGUGAGACUGAAACACAGACAGAAAUAACGGGGAACACGACGACCGCACACCGGCAGUGGCUGUCCGCUGCCCUCCACAACGCACAAGGAUUUCAUAAACGUGGAAUUGCAUGAGGCAGAGGAAAGGAGAAGAUAAAGAAUACUUAAUUUAUCUUAAACCUUCUCAGUUGAGCCGAGAACCUCCACAGUGCCCAUAUUUAUGUUUACCACUUCGACCCACUCUACUCAGACACCCGGUGUACUUUAAAAUUUAAAUAGUUGAAUACUACAGUUAUCUUGUCAUACAGGUGAGAUUUAUUUGAAAUAUCCUUGAUUAUGUAUCCUUGUAAUCUUUUUUAAAAAAAAAUGUUACACUUCCUCUCAUCUUUUGUUGGAAUUUAACCACUCGUCUGAUAUUUGUUUCUUCCUCUGUUACCUUCUUCUUAUUAUGUUGCCUUAUCCCCUGACUGCUUUCCCUCCUCUCUCCAUUGGCUUUUUGUUAACCUUCCUAUGAGGACUGUAACCUCAGUUUGAAAACGGUUGGGACAAUGUGUAAAUAAAAACAAGGCCUCAAUCUCAUCAACCUGACUUUUAUUCACAAAUGUCCAUGGACAACAUUUCAGAUGUUAGGAGGAAAACAUUUGACUAUUUCAUGAUAAAUUUGAGCUCAGUUUGAAUUUCAUGGACCUUCUUUUUAGCGAAACACGCAAAACACAUUUCACCUUUAAAAUAAAGUUUCAUAUAUACAGUAAAACUGUAUAUUAUGUUGCAUUUAUAAAGUUUCAGUUACAAGUGAGAAUGGUGAGAAAUUUCCAGCUGUUUUUCCAGAAUUUUUCGAACAAUUGUGACAUUUUACAGAAAAAUACAUAUACUUUUUUAAUUACCAGAGUAAAAAUUCCUUUAAGCAUUGCUCCACAAAGUCUAAACUGAAAGAACAUAACAACAAAUAAGACAGGAUAAAGACUAAAUAGGUCAUUUUAAAUCUUAAUGUGCACAAAUCGUCUUCACUGGAGCCAGCUUCAAGCCCUUUGUUUUGUGCUUUAGGGAGAUAAAAGCCUUUUAAUAAGUUGUUGACAUGUCGUCUCCUCUUCUUCUUUAACUUGAAUCUGUGAAUCAUUGAAGAGCCGCAUGUCUCAGCUGGUUUUGAAAUAUGUUGCUACCAUCAGAUUCAAGGUGAGCUCAUAGUUUCCAUGAACAGACAGAAGGUGUUACUGGGAAUGUCUCAUGUUCCUGUGUUGUAUUGUGAAUCAAAAGGUUGCUGUAUCCUGUUUUUUUUUUUUUGUUUUGUUUUUUUUACAUAUCUUCUAACCUCCUUGGAAUUACGAUUGUGAAGUUAGUCUUCCUUUAGCAGCCUUUAGCAGGAUUCCCAGUUGUUUUAAGUUCUCUCCCCUCCUCUUGUCUAACUAACUUGUCCUGACUUCAGAAAAAAGUUAAGUUGGGCAGAAAUCUCCUUUGGUGGUGGACAAUAUAUUUUUUUUCCAUGUUUGUGACCAAUUAUGAGAAUUAUGUGUUUUUUUGCAUUCUAUUCAAAUCUUUGGACUCCUUCCUGUUCUCUGUGAUCAGGAAUGCGAUGGACUUGUUUCUGUCUCUGGGUUCAGGAGAAGAGUCGAUUUAAAUGCCUAUACUUUUAGUUGUAUCUGUUCACAGGUUUGUUUGUUUGUUUUUUUUUAUGUUUACUCUCAGAUGCCGAGGUGCUUUUAUUUUCACUUCACGUUUGUGUCGAUGGAAUUAAGCGAAGCUGCCGCAGACACUAAAAGUGAAAGCAGCGUCGCCUCUGCUCUCAGCCACAGUUUGAAACAGCUCACCAUUGUCCAGUGAUGGAAUCUACGAGCCUGAUUUACACACCGUCAUCGUCACCGCUGCUGGAAAUAACCUAAGGCUGUGUGAAGCUUCCUGAUGAUGAAUGGUCAUUUUAAAAAAAAAAGACUAAAGUGUAUAGUGCCAUUUACAGAAAAUGCUGGAUUUCCAUUAAGUAUUUGAAUCUCUGUAUUGCUUUGGUAUGAAAGCAAAAGUCUGGUUUCUAAUAGUGGUUUUAUGGGGGGAAAAUGUCAUGUUAUCAGUUUUCGUUUUGUAAUAAUGUGAAAACAAAUCGAUGGGAAAACUGCAGGAGCACGUUUACAGUCUUUGUGUCUGUGAUUCUACAUUUGUCAAGCUUUAUUUAGCUCUGUCGCCUCAAGAAAGUGGUGUAAUAAAUGAUGUAGUGGUCAAAACUAGAAGAGAAGCUGGACAAAGAUGGGAUUAAAUAGGUGAAACAAAGGAGAAGUGAAAGCUGGUAGAAAAUUAAACAGAGCCAGUCAGACCUCUAAAAGGGAAAAAACACACACUUAACAUGAGACUGGCAACCAUAAAGCUACAUAAAACAUAUCAGUUCCAUAAAACGAUAAGUCAGUGAAGCGAUAGGGAGAGCAAAUAAGAAAACAAGACAAUGCAUGAAUAUCCAGCAGAUUUAACUCCAGGGGGGUGGUUUCUUUUUUUAAAUCAUGUUUGUCACUUGUUUUGAGUUUAAAACUGUAAGAAGUUUCAGGAGAAGUUGGAAUUUUAUGAAUAAAAUUGUUCGGA